AGAAAGUCAAUACCUAUCUUAUCUAUAGACUGAAGGUUAAUAAAUACCAAAUUCUACACAAGUUGAGUUCAUUUCCUGACUUUCAUCAUUCAAAACCAUGGGAGAAAACUACGGAUGGUUCCAGUGGAAGCCCCCUCAGCAAUGUAGAGGCCAGUACACUUGGCGCAAGAACGCUCCGGGAUUCAUCCCACCUCGCGCCCUCCCUAUAGGCCGAGACAAGGAUGGGUCUAAGCUGUAUGCCGGGAGAGCCCUACACCAGGGAGACCUCUUGCCAGCCAAGGUGAGGGCAGAUGGCAAUAAGGCGUAUGUCCCGUACGGGGGAUCCGAGAUUGAAGUGCAUCAGUUUGAGAUCCUCGCUAGCCACCACAUUGCAUGGCAACAUUCACAUGACGGUGAAAUUAACAGCCAAGCGAUGAUUAUAGGCCAUACAACCAGCGGGGAGAACCUCUACAUGGGCCGAGCCUUUUACGAAGGUACCAUCACUCCUGGCAAGGUCCACCCAACUCAUAGAUGCCUUUACAUUCCAUACAACGGAAAAGAAAUCAGUAUCAAAGAGUAUGAGAUUAUGUUAUUAUUGUAAAGGCUUCAGUUAAGAUGUAAGACUGUAUUAAAAUGCAAAAUAAAUCACAAAAGAGCUUUA